GAGCGAGAAGCCGAGGAGGAAGGAGCGGGGCCAGCGCGCAGGCCCAGAGCCGCCGAGCCGCGCCUGCCGGCUACGCCCCAGAGCGGAAGAGGGAAGUGAAGGCGCCGGGCUGUGGGUGCCUAUCACGGUGGGCUUGCUGAGGCAGAGGCAGCAUCGAGAGGAGGCCGUUGCCCCCGGUCCGGAUCGGGGAUGUCGAAGAACACGGUGUCGUCGGCCCGGUUCCGGAAGGUGGACGUGGAUGAGUACGACGAGAACAAGUUCGUGGACGAGGAAGACGGGGGCGACGGGCAGGCCGGGCCCGACGAGGGCGAGGUGGACUCCUGCCUGCGGCAAGGAAACAUGAUGGCUGCCCUACAGGCAGCUCUGAAAAACCCCCCUAUCAACACCAAGAGUCAGGCGGUGAAGGAUCGAGCGGGGAGCAUUGUCUUGAAGGUACUCAUCUCUUUUAAAGCUAAUGAUAUUGAAAAGGCAGUUCAAUCCCUGGACAAGAAUGGUGUGGAUCUCCUCAUGAAGUAUAUUUAUAAAGGCUUUGAGAGCCCCUCUGACAAUAGCAGUGCUGUGUUAUUGCAGUGGCACGAAAAGGCACUUGCUGCCGGAGGAGUAGGGUCCAUUGUUCGAGUCUUGACUGCGAGGAAAACCGUGUAGUCCAGCAGGAACUGGAUGUCUCCUGCGGGUGUCGGAGUUGCUGGUACAAAGACCAAAAUAACCAAAUGCCACUGCUCCCCUUUGGGUAGCAUCUGUUUCUCUCAGCUUUGCCUUCUUGCUUCCUUUUUCAUAUUUGUAAAGAAGAAAAUUACAUAUCAGUUUUCCUUUAAUGAAAAUUGGGAUAAUAUAGAAGAGAUGUUUUAACAGGAGUGUUUCCUGCUCUCGAAACUAUUUCAGUGACGUGUAUACCAGUCUGUAUAUAAUAUAAUUUACAUUCAAGUUUAAUUGUGCAAUUUUUAACCCCUGUUGACUGGUGUUUUUGUUUUUUGGUUUUGUUUUUGACUAAUAGUGAAAAAAUUGAUCAGGAUUUGAGGCCAGUUUCCUAACUCAUUGCUAGCCAGGAAAUGAUCUUUAUAAAAAAAAAUAUGUUUGAGAGACUGGCAGCUAUUAACAUUGCAAAACUGGACCAUACUUCCCUUAUUUAAGCAAAAUGUGUUUCUGGAACAAGUGUUGGGUGAAUGCCACUACCAAGUUCCGGCUUUGUCUCUGCUUGCCUUCAGAUCAUGUGAGUUUAAGUAUGCCUCUUCCUCUCAGCAUCCCAUAAUCAUGGCCUCUUGGAUUUCUUCGUGGUCACCCAGGGUCCAGAGCAAGGAGUCUUGCUCUACACAAAUGUAUCUGUAAAGUACCAGAGCCUGUUUGGCGUGAGCAUACGACUUUUGUUCCAAUAAUAUGGCCCUGUUUGGAGAAACUACUCCAAAUCAGAAAGGAUGUGGAAACUAUGAUGUAGUUUAAACUCUGGGCAGCUUCUGAAUGAAAUGCUGUUUUCUGUAGAAACACAGUAGCUGCCUCAGACAUUAUGAGGUAUAUAAGUAGUAUUUAAUAUGCCCUAUAAAUGUCUUCAGUGUUCUUCAGGGUAAUUGGGAUCUCAGAAGAUUUGGUUCCGAUCCAAACACAUACACAUUCUGUAUUUUAGCUCAGUGUUUUUUAAAAAAAGAAAAUGCCACGCAGGAAAAAGUGUUUACUUCGUUGGACUAACCAAAUCAGUUGUCAACAAAUGACCGGUGCUUAUAAAAAGUUAUUACUCAGUAGCUCCAAAAGAAGCCGCCUGAACGCAUAUGACCAAGAGAAAAAUCAGCCUGUGUUUAGUAUUUACAGUGGACACCAGUUUCAUAAUCACUGACUUAUGUGAAAACUGGUGCAGAAAUUCUGUAAACUCUCUGCUGUUUUUGAUACCUGCUUUUUGUUUUGUAAAAAUGAUAAAGUUCAGAAAAUAAAAUGUCAGUGUUGAAUAAUUUA